AUGGCUACAGAGAAAGUGUUCGAUUUAAUGAAAAAGAAGGAAGCCAUCGAAGCAGAAAUUGAUCAAUGGUCUGACGUUUUACAAUCGCAAAGAAAUGUGGGAAUGAAUGAACCAUUAGUCGAUUCUCAGGGAUACCCACGAGCCGACAUCGAUGUAUACACCGUUAGGAAAGCCAGGCAAAGGAUUAUUUGUUUACAGAAUGAUCACAAAGCUGCUAUGAAAGAGAUUGAAAGUGGAUUACAUCAAAUUCAUGCUGAUGCCAGAAAUUCUACAUUGGAAAAGCCAUCUGAAGAUACAGUCAACGAAAUAGAUCAAGCCAUUAUUAGUUUUGCCAUUACAGAUUUUGUAGCUGAUGGAUCUCCAGCAGCAGAAGCUGGUUUGGAAAAAGGGGACGAAAUUUGCUGUUUUGGCACCGUAAAUGCUGAGAAUUUUAGAUCUUUACAAGAUGUUGGUUACAUCGUCAAGCAUAGUGAACAGAAAGAAGUAAAAGUUAUCAUUAGAAGAAUGCAAAAGCUACUGAAAUUAACAAUUACACCUCGAGUGUGGUCUGGCAGAGGAUUAUUAGGGUAA